CGUCGGGUUCACGACGUUUUAUAUUUUUUACUUGCACAAUAUGUCUGGACAAGGAACGAAAGACGUUCGUUGAAUUAAGACUAAAGCAGUAUGGCUACUGCACCAGAUCCUGCUCCUGUGACGCAAAUGGAAACUCUUUUAGAGUGUUCUGUUUGUAUGGAGACAUUGACUCAACCACGGACAUUGUCAUGCUAUCAUUCAUUUUGUAAACACUGCUUGGAGAAUUAUGUUGCCGCUCAGCGCGAGAAGGCAGUUGAAGCUAAAGCGAAAGUACCAGAAAUCUUCGAAUGUCCAUUAUGCCGCACGGAGUUUUCAGUCAAAGAAGGGGAAAAUAUUGCCGAGAAAAUGCCAGCAAACCACUUUAUUAACAACCUGUUGGAAUUGCUCAGCAUACAGCAACAAGCCCAUCAUGUAAAAUGCCAGUCGUGUAAAUCGAACGCUCCUGCAGCCAGCAGAUGCAUAUCGUGUGAGAAAUUUCUGUGUGGAAAGUGUCUGGAAACCCACAACAACUGGACAGACUUUGAGGAUCAUGUCGUGUUUACGUUGGAAGAAUUAGCGAAGCCAGAAAAUCGAGCGAAGGUAAAGGGCAAACCUCGUUGUGAGAAACACGACAAAAUACUCAAAUUCUACUGCGAAACAUGCAAAGUCCUUGUUUGUCGAUACUGCAUGGAUCUUAAUCACACUCGGCCUGAACAUACGUGGUUCCCUUUGACAGACGUUGUUGUACAGCACAAGGAAGCUUUGAACGCAUCUUCCGGUAUAUUUGAGAAGCAAAAAAACGAUGCAGCUGAGAGUAAUCGUAAGAUUGAAGAGGCAAUGGAGACCCUGAAGAACAACGCAACAAAAGCAAGAGACGCCAUUAAGCAGCAACAACAGAAUAUUCUGAAUGCGUUUACCAAGAAACUCGAGAAAGAAACGACAGCCUUGCUUGACCAAGUUGAGAUGAAAUACAGAGAAGCCAAUGAGCCCUUGUUGAAACAACAGGCUAACGUGAAAGCUUAUUUCCAAAAGGCAAAAAGCUCGUUGGAUUUUACCAGCAAUAUUCUCUCCAGUGGAAGCGACGAGGUACUCCUUGCUCUUAAACACGAGAUUGAGGAAAAAGCUGGGAGCAUUGAGAAUGAACGGCCAGAAAAUAUGGAGCCAGUCCACGACGGCCUUUUUGAAUAUCAUCCAAAACCAACCAAAGACAUCAUGGAGAAUUUGAAGUUAAACGACUUAGGAAAACUUGUUUCUGGUGCUUUAAAGAAAACAAGAGUCAACCCUGUGCAGCAGUCCUUAUCUGAGAGAUCAACCAUCUUCGAGGGUAACAUUGAAUAUGCGAAGCAACUUGUAGAGUGGAUGGAAUAUAAGAAGUUUAGUUGGCAACUUUGUUAUCGAGCUUCACGUGAUGGUUGGGACGCAAACAAUUUUCAUAGAAAGUGUGACGAUGUUGGACCUACAGUGACCUUGGUGAAAUGUGGAACCAACGUUUUUGGUGGUUUUACUGAUCAAAGUUGGAGACAGACAACAUUUUCAGUUUUCGGGGAGUAUAAACGUUCCUACUCGUCAUUCUUGUUUUCAUUGAAAAAUAAAGAGAAUAUGCGGCCAUUUAAGUGUCCGAUCAAGGAUGGUAAAAAUAACAGAGCAAUCAGCUGUUCGAACAUCUGGGUAGCAGCCUUUGGUGUUCGUGAUCUGUUCAUCAGCUCCAAUGCCAACACAAACCAAAAUUCAUCCAGCAACCUUGGUGGCACAUAUCAACCUCCUCCAGGAUAUGAACCUGGAGUCCGUCAAACGAAUGCUCUGUUGGCGGGCAGCUGCACUUUCACUCCAUCAGAAAUUGAAGUUUUUCACAGUUAAAACGAAGGUGAAAUUAAUAGAGACCUUUAAAAUGACGUUGACAGCAAAUUUCAAACCUUUAAUGAGUGAUUUGUUUUUUUUUUCAUUUCUGUUAUAAAAGCUUUUUACUAGUCAUUGUACAAAAAAAGGUUCCAAAUCCUUUUAAUCCGAGGGGGUAGUGUGACUACCUUAGCUAGGAGGGGGUGCAACCCCUGCGUUUUACGGACGAACACGUGGCACUUGAAGCGCGUCUAAAGCAAGCAUUAGGGUGAUUUAUACCGGCGAAAAAGAUAAGCCGCGACCAAAAUAAGUCGCGAACAGUACGCCUUUCUCUUCUCCCCUGAAGUAGGCAAACACUGAAGGUAGUUUUGGGGGCAUGGCCUUUGCAAAAAAUUGUAAAAAUUACUAUUUAAAAACAUCAGAAAUGGUAGCUUUCGCAAAAGGAAAAUUAAUAGAGAGCUUAAGAAUGACGUUUACAGCAAACGCCAAGCCUUUAUUCACGAAUGUUUUUACACCUCCAUAAUAAAAGCUCUUUCAGCAAUUAUACUGAUACAUUAAAACAUGGCGCAAGUCCAUGUUUGCUGAAUUAUGUGUGUAUUUUACCGCCUUUCCACAUUUAUAACCUCUAGCUAAGCAACUUGAAUAUUUAGAGAUGGCUGACUUUGGUUUUCAAUAUGAACGAACCGCGGAAUACAAACAAAACAGCAAGCUUCAGGGUUGAUUUAGAGAAACACAUAUAUUAUUGUAGAACGCUGGGCAUGUGUGAACACCAGACUGGACCUGAUUUAAAUCAACAAUUCGCUGUCAAUGAUUUGUAAAACACUCAUUCACUAACGCAAGUCAUCAAUAUAUUUGAUACCAAUACACCAGCAACCCAUAUUUUGUAUAUGCCUGGUCGAUUCGUCUAAAACGUGCAAAGAACCUUCAUAUACUGCAGAAAUUCUCUUCUUAAAACAAACAAUAUCUCGUUUAGUGUACGUGCAAGUUCACAGCACGCUCAAACCACACGCCAGCGUAUCGUUCAUUCGUCAUAUGCUUUCAAAAAUGAUAACAAAGAGUAAAUUUCAAAAUUGAGCCAUGUUUGAAUUUAAAACUUCAAAUGAUUGAGAAAAUCAAUGAAAGCGAUUAAAAGGUUAAUCGGUUGUAAGUCAUGCAGUGGCAUCAAACCAUAGUAAAGUACGCAAAGAAUGCAACCGUAAAAAUUUUCACGUUUCGUGCAAAGACACUUCGUCCCCAACCCAAGUUCUCUUUGAUAUGAACUACUAGUAUGGUUGUGUACUUGCAAAGGCAUAAAAAAGACUCAAAGCACACACCAGCGCAUCGUUAAUUAAUAUCGCAGUUGUCCGUUGGCCGCUUAUGUUUGCUUAAACGAUUACGAGUAUAAAUAAUGUGUUGGAAUCAAGAUUUGUCCAAUCUUCAAACUUU